GCGAUUCAUGGCCGCCGCUUGACUGACUCUUCCUUCCUGAACCCCCCUCCUCCCUGCAGGAAGCCGGCAGGAAGAGAGGCCUCCAAUCCAGUCUUUCCUGUGCGAUAAGGGGGUCAACGGCGGUCCGAGCAUCCGGGGAAGAGGAGGAGGGGAAGGGGGAAAAAAAAGUCCAUGGAUAAGCUACCGGGACUGGAGUCUGCGGCUGGAGGAGUAGGAGGCAGCGCUGGAGGGGCUGCUGCCAGGAAACCUCCUCGGCCAUCCGCGCCCCCCUCCGUGCCCAGCUCCCGCCAGCCCAGCGUGGAGACUCUGGACAGCCCUACUGGAUCACAUGUUGAAUGGUGCAAGCAGCUGAUAGCAGCCACGAUAUCCAGCCAGAUCUCGGGGUCCGUGCCCUCAGAAAAUGUAUCCCGAGAUUACAGGGAGAUUCAGGACGACCACAAUGGCUAUCAUUCUGAAACGGAAGCUGAGCAGGCUCUGAGAGAUGGAAACAAGCUGGCACAGAUGGAAGAGGCUCCGCUAUUUCCCGGAGAGUCCAUCAAGGCAAUCGCUAAAGAUGUUAUGUACAUCUGUCCGUUUUGGGGGGCCGUCAGCGGAACGCUAACUGUGACGGACUUUAAAAUGUACUUCAAGAGCGUGGAAAGGGACCCCCCGUUCAUCUUGGACGUUCCACUGGGGGUGAUCAGCAGAGUGGAGAAGAUCGGGGUACAAAGCCACGGGAAUAACUCCUGCGGCAUAGAGAUUGUCUGUAAGGACAUGAGAAAUCUACGCCUGGCGUAUAAACAGGAAGAACAGAGUAAAUUGGAGAUAUUUGAAAAUCUCAUUAAACUUGCGUUUCCUCUUUCUAACGGCAUGCCACUGUUUGCGUUUUCCUACAAAGAAAAGUUCACUGUGAAUGGUUGGAAAGUUUAUGAUCCCAUGGCAGAGUACAAAAGACAGGGUUUGCCAAACGAGAGCUGGAAAAUCACAAAGAUAAACAGCACGUAUGAGCUGUGUGACACGUACCCUGCCGUCUUUGUUGUUCCAACAAGUGUGGCGGAUGACGAUCUAGCCAGGGUUGCAGCUUUUCGAUCAAAAGGACGCAUUCCGGUUUUAUCAUGGAUUCACCCUGAAAGCCAAGCCACUAUAACUCGCUGCAGUCAGCCGUUAGUCGGACCAAAUGACAAGCGAUGCAAAGAGGACGAGAAGUAUUUGCAGACAAUCAUGGACGCCAACGCGCAGUCUCACAAACUCAUCAUCUUCGAUGCCAGACAGAACAGCGUUGCCGACACUAAUAAGGCAAAAGGAGGAGGCUACGAAAGUGAAACUGCCUACCCAAACGCAGAGCUGGUCUUCUUGGAGAUCCACAACAUCCAUGUGAUGCGGGAAUCCCUCCGUAAAGUGAAGGAGAUUGUGUAUCCGUCAAUAGACGAGGCGCGCUGGCUUUCCAACAUCGACGGGACCCACUGGCUCGAAUACAUAAGGAUGCUUCUUGCCGGCUCGGUGAGGAUUGCAGACAAGCUUGAGUCGAGUAAGACGUCGGUCGUCGUGCAUUGCAGCGACGGCUGGGACCGGACAGCGCAGUUGACGUCCUUGGCCAUGUUAAUGCUGGACAGCUAUUACAGAACAAUCAACGGGUUCGAGGUUCUCAUAGAGAAAGAAUGGAUAAGUUUUGGCCAUCGAUUUGCUAUGAGAGUGGGCCACGGAGAUAACAACCACGCAGAUGCUGAUCGCUCUCCCAUUUUCCUCCAGUUCAUCGAUUGCGUGUGGCAGAUGACAAAUCAGUUUCCAGCAGCGUUUGAAUUUAAUGAACUUUUCCUCAUCACUAUAUUGGAUCACCUUUAUAGCUGCCUGUUUGGGACAUUUUUAUACAACUGUGAACAACAGCGAGUGAAAGAGGAAAUCAGCACCAAGACCAUAUCUCUCUGGUCCUACAUUAAUAGCCACGUGGACGAAUUUACCAACCCCUUUUAUGUGAACUAUGAGCACCAUGUGCUGUAUCCAGUCGCCAGCCUGAGCCACUUGGAACUCUGGGUAAAUUAUUACAUUAGAUGGAACCCUCGAACAAGACCUCAGAUGCCGAUCCAUCAGAACUUGAAGGAUCUCCUUUCUAUCAGGGCAGAACUUCAAAAGAAAGUGGAAGAACUGCAGCGUGAAGCUGCAACCAGAUCAGUGUCCUCCUCAUCUGACCGAGGGUCUUCUCCAUCACAUUCCGCCACUCCUGUACACACCGCUGUUUGAUAAGCAGCAUGAACUGAAAUGUGGAACCCCUUCCCAUGCAAGUGGGCUGAAUGAGCAGGUCUACUUUGGCGUUGUCAACACUUCUAACGCCCAAAGCAUUGACUAGGGUUUCCUUUUCCCCGACCAUCUGUUGCCAAAGGAGCCCGCAGCAGCUGUAUAGGUCAGGGAAAGCCCGUGUUAACGUGUCUCUGGAUAAUCAGAUGUUAUAACGAUAGUUCUCCGAUCAUGUUUACAUCCCGAGUGCACUCCAUGGUAUAAUGUGUUCCUAUAUAAUGUAAUGUUAUAGGAAGGAUUUAUUCCUUUUAUAGUUUGAUUUUUUUUAUUUCCUUUUAAAAUGACACACGGAUAUUUCCAGCUCAACACAAGAUCAGAUUCUGUAUCAUCGUAGCGCAGCACUUUGUUUAAACUUAUUUUAAGUCUCUAUGAAGGAAUCCAGGUUGUUUUUCUUUAUUAUUUUAAACAUCUUGGAACAGAUUAUUUUUUUAAUCUACAUAAACUGACAAUUGUAAUAUUGCAAAAGUGUGAAUUGUGAGAGAAGGAAAGCACGAAAUGCAUCGAUUUCCGCCUCUGAAAUACCA